AUGCGCUUCACAAUGAAAAUAAACCUCGCCCUCGCCCUCGGCACCUUCCUCCUCGGAGCAGAGGCUGCUCCCGCUCCCGCUGCCUCUGCCCAGGAGACCGCCACCACCACCACCGACAAGGUCUUCAAAAUCCACACCGACGACUUCGUCAAGUACUUUCCCCCAGGCACCACCCCUUCCCCUUCAGAUGAAGCCAUCCCUGCCGCCGUAACCCCCAGCAAGCUCAAGCUCAAGCUCCGCCACCCCUCCGAGUCCCCAGAGACCUCAGAGAACGCAGCCGCCAUCCUCACCAAGCGCGGCAACUACUGUGGGCACUCCUCCUUCCACAACGUCCGUAGCAACGAUUCCCCCACCACCGGUGACUGUUGGCAAAUCUACCACAACAUCGCCGGCGGCGGCUCAUGGCAGGUCUGGACUUCUGCUCAUCGCACUCUGGUCUCGUAUGGCGGGUGUGAGUUUGGUGUGGAAAUUGAUCAGGAUUGGAUCUCGUUUCAGUAUGUAGGCGCGUGGGACAUUAGGGAUUUGAUUCGGGACUCGAUUAACAACUAUGCUUCGGGGGGUAAGGUUGGGACUUGGGGGGAGAUGGAGUGUGGGAUUAAGUAUACGAAGUGGGGAUUGUUUUAG